ACACCCGGGAGAGUGAAGCAGUGUCGUGAAGCGGGACCUGGGCCCAGGCAGGCGCCGCGAUGUCGAUCGAAAUCGAGUCCUCGGAUGUGAUCCGUCUCAUCAUGCAGUACCUGAAGGAGAACAGUUUACACCGGGCCUUAGCCACCUUACAGGAGGAAACGACAGUGUCUUUGAAUACUGUGGACAGUAUUGAGAGUUUUGUGGCUGACAUUAAUAGCGGUCACUGGGAUACGGUUUUACAGGCUAUCCAGUCGCUGAAAUUGCCAGAUAAAACCCUCAUUGAGCUCUAUGAACAGGUGGUUCUAGAAUUGAUAGAGCUCCGUGAAUUGGGCGCUGCCAGGUCGCUUCUGAGGCAGACGGACCCGAUGAUCAUGCUGAAACAAACCCAGCCAGAGCGGUAUAUUCAUCUGGAAAACCUCUUGGCCAGGUCCUAUUUUGAUCCUCGUGAGGCAUACCCCGAUGGAAGCAGCAAAGAGAAGCGAAGAGCAGCAAUUGCCCAGGCCCUAGCUGGAGAAGUCAGCGUGGUUCCCCCAUCUCGUCUUAUGGCAUUACUGGGACAGGCUCUGAAAUGGCAGCAACACCAGGGAUUGCUCCCGCCCGGCAUGACCAUCGAUCUGUUCCGAGGCAAAGCAGCUGUCAAAGAUGUGGAGGAAGAAAAGUUUCCUACCCAGCUGAGUAGGCACAUUAAGUUUGGUCAGAAAUCACAUGUGGAGUGCGCUCGGUUUUCCCCAGAUGGUCAGUAUCUGGUCACUGGGUCUGUGGAUGGAUUCAUUGAAGUGUGGAACUUUACGACUGGCAAAAUCCGAAAGGAUCUUAAGUACCAGGCCCAGGACAACUUUAUGAUGAUGGAUGAUGCCGUCCUCUGCAUGUGCUUCAGCAGAGAUACAGAAAUGCUAGCAACUGGAGCCCAAGAUGGGAAAAUCAAGGUGUGGAAGAUCCAGAGUGGCCAGUGUUUAAGGAGAUUUGAAAGAGCACACAGUAAAGGUGUCACCUGUCUCAGUUUUUCCAAGGAUAGCAGUCAGAUCCUGAGUGCCUCUUUUGACCAGACGAUCAGAAUUCACGGCUUAAAAUCUGGGAAAACACUGAAGGAGUUUCGUGGCCAUUCCUCCUUUGUUAAUGAAGCAACAUUCACACAAGAUGGACAUUAUAUCAUCAGUGCAUCUUCUGAUGGCACUGUAAAGAUUUGGAACAUGAAGACCACAGAGUGUUCCAACACCUUUAAGUCCCUGGGCAGCACUGCGGGGACAGACAUCACCGUCAACAGUGUGAUCCUGCUUCCCAAAAACCCAGAGCACUUUGUGGUGUGCAACCGAUCCAACACGGUGGUCAUCAUGAACAUGCAGGGCCAGAUCGUCAGAAGCUUCAGCUCUGGUAAGCGAGAAGGUGGUGACUUCGUGUGCUGCGCCCUCUCCCCGCGUGGCGAGUGGAUCUACUGUGUGGGAGAGGAUUUUGUGCUCUACUGCUUCAGCACGGUCACCGGCAAGCUGGAGAGAACCCUGACAGUUCACGAGAAGGAUGUGAUUGGUAUCGCCCAUCAUCCUCAUCAGAACCUGAUCGCCACCUACAGCGAAGACGGCCUCCUGAAGCUCUGGAAACCCUGAGCCCCUUUCCCUUGGGAACUCGCGGGAGCAUGCGCUUCAGUGGAGGCCAAGUCGUGUGUGCUGCUCUUUCGUCUCUUUUUCUGUUGCCAGCUUUUCUAAGAAAAUAAAUCAUCUGAGUAAGCCACACACAGAACACUUUUGUGAAAAUGCACAUUUGUGUACCAGAUACUUUUUGUUGUAUAUUUUUAAGAUAUUAGUUUGCCUUCUAAAGGGGGAAAUCACAUAAUGUUUUCAAUAAUCUUUUACCUGGAAAAUGAAAUACUGGUGUUUCUAGGGGGAAAAAUUGGAUUUUUGGAAAUGCUGACUAAAUUGAACCUCUUCCAGUAGAACUUGUAAAUAACAAACUACCCAUAUUCAGUAGCAGUUUUUUCCACUUUUUUUUUUUAAAGAUGUUAAUAAACUUUACACCUGUUUGGAGGCUU